CUCGAUUGACAACGUCCUAGCCUCUCCAACAAUUGAUCAAAUCUUAGCGCAUUUUUUUUCAACUUUGAAUAGUAUUUUUAAAAUCCUAAUUUGUUUAGAUGACGAAGAUGAUGAGGAGAAUGAAGAUAGUUUUGAACUGGGAGAUGUUGAUGAUGAUCAUCUGUUUGAGUUCGACAUGUCUCCCUCCGGAGAAAUAGAUGAUGGCGAGAACGAGACUGAGGAGGAAGAUGAUGAAAUCACAAAAAUUGGUUCUGAUCCUCCUCAGGAACGAAGACGAGCUUAUUCAGUGACCUCCGACAGUUCCGGAGGCUCCUGCUCACACCGGAAGUUGGUUGAACCGGAAGAAAACUUUAGAUCCGGAUUUUGUAUGUUUGGAAGCACUAGCUCUGGUCUUGGUAGUGAUAGAAGAGCGCUUUCUCAGGAUACCCUGGAGGAUGUGGAUGGAGGUAAAAGUAUAAAUCCUGGAGAAUGGAGGGAUUAUAUAAAUGAACGUCUCUCCAAUGAGGGAACCAGCACUCCUACUCCCACAUCCCCGGACUCCACCCACCGGUUGUCAGAGGGGUCUGCCACGCCAAUUCUAGCAGUUAGUCCUAUCAUAGAUUCCCCUCUCAUCUCACCAGACAGCUUGCUAGACGGUCAGCAUCCGCUGGCGGAUAUGGAUAUGUUUAUUCCCUGCCUGGAGUGCAAAGCGGAGGCUGAAGCAGAGGCGGAAGCAGAAGCGGCGGCGGAAGCAGAGGCAGUGGCGGAAGUUGAAACAGAUUCUCAAGAGGUUUCUCCGUCCCAGGUUUGUGAAAAUAAGACAAUCUCUGUCUCUGAUACUCAGGACAUAGGAGAAAACGUCCUUAUCCUUCCUGGACGGAAAAAACUGAGCAUAGGAGAGACAGAGCUGCACAGUUUAUUGAGCAGCCUGGAGAAGGAUCGAGGAUACCCUGGAGUUAAAGAGAUAGAUUCUCUAGAUACUACUACAGAUACAGUCGGAGAUAUUUCUCCACUUAAACCCUCCUCGCUGGAAGACGAGUCGUUUGAAGAUCGGCCGAAACUUCGCAAAUGUUCAUCCCUUAGAACUGGACGUACUCCUCCUGGUACCCCUGGAAAGCGGAAAAUUGUUAGAUUUGCUGAUAUAUUCGGGCUGGACCUGCAGGAGGUGAAGACCUUCACAGACGAGAUCCCGAAGAUCCCCCGCAAGGCGUUCCAGGAUCUUGAUGUCGAUAUUAAUGAUUAUGAUAUCGGUUCCCCACGUUCCAAUACUCCUAUUUACAAGUACAAGCCACAAUCUCUCCAGGGUGUUGGAUCCACCAGCAGUAGCACUACAGCUCUAGUUCCGAUGUUCACCCAGCCCGGGUCCUCCACCUCCUUCUACGACCUCGUGAGGGAGAAGAAGGUCUGCUUGGAGAACGCAUUCAUGGAGGACCCCACCACCAUCUGCGGGGUCGUCAGGGUUCUCAACAUCAGCUUCCACAAGUCCGUUGGCGUCCGUUGGACUAGGAAUGACUGGAGCACACAGAAUGACAUCCAGGCGACCUAUAUCGACGGGUCAAGUGAUGGUGUCACGGAUAAGUUCUCUUUCCGGCUCCGAUUGGGGUUCCUACCAGUAGGGAGCAGGGUUCAGUUUUGUCUCCGGUUUGAUAGCUCCGGGAGCGAGUACUGGGAUAACAACGGAGGAGCAAACUAUGUUUUUCAGGUGUUUUUAAACUCUAACUCCCCUGGAGGAACAGGAGGUGUCUCCUACAGGAGUAGUCCUCUUAAUAUGUCCAGGAACACUUCUAACUCCUCAGUAUCGUCCUUCCACUCCCUCCAGUCUCCCUCACAACACGGAGACGAUCCUUGGCUCAGGUACAUGUAAAGUACAUGCUAGCUCAGGAUGUACCCGUAUUACAGCUCAGGAUGUACCCGGAUCCUAGCUCAGGAUGCACCUGUAUCCUAGCUCAGGAUGUACCCGGAUCCAAUCUCAGGAUGCACCCGGAUUACAGCUCAGCGUGUAAAACAGUCCCCCACAGAUUGUACACAAACUACGCAUGGAGAUCUGAAGAGAUCUCCUGGAACAGUCCAGAAAAUUGAACGGAACUUUUGAUCAAUUAAAUUUCGAUAGAUCCUGGUUUGUGAUUUUUAUUAAUACACAAGAGAUAACCAUCGGUCAGAACUAGGCAUUUAUACUAAUGCAAGCUAUAGUGUUGGUGCUAGUGCUAUAUGUUUUUAUAGAUACAUAACUAUUAUAAAUUAUUUAUAUAAAAACCAUGUGCCAUAUAUUGAAGAUGUAUUGAAUGAUGAAAAAAAAGUUUUUAACCAAGAUUUUUAAACUGAAAUACGCUCAUUGAAAUUUUAUGGUUUUGCUUCAAGUCGUUAGUUCUCUUUAGCAAUAAUAUGUGUGUGGGGGGGGGGGGGGGUUUUUUUUUUUGGUUUGUUUAUAUGUCUAAUGGGGUCGUAAAUAUGAAUAUUUAUUUUUCGUAUAUUAUAAGAUUUUGUCCCCUCAUCAAAGUCUUUAUAGAAAAUAUUGUAUUUAACAUUGUCAGGGAUAGAGAUAGCUUAAUUAUGGAUUUUCAUCCAGAAAUUAAGCAUUUCAUCCAAAAAUUGGAUAAUUCAGACUGAUCUACUAUUUAAUUUUUGACUAAAUGAACCGUUUACUAUGGAUUUUGGGUGAACAUUUUUAAUCUAAAAUAAAAUUUUGACUUACCAAUAUGUUCCUCCAGGUUCCUAUAUAGUAUAUAUAUAUAAAUAUUAUUUGAUAUAUUCGCAUUUGCAAGAUUAAUAUCCAAUCUGUAAUUCUGAAUAUUACCGAGGUUGGUUAUGAAGACAUAUCUUGAUGUUUACACAAAGAUGCUGGUGGUCAGAUCUUGCAUGAUCUGAUCUUGGGUUGUGAUGAUAGUUUUAGGAUAUAAACAAGAUGUAUUUAUUUCAACUCGAGUCCUGAUAUUUAUGAUUCGUGCUAAAUAUAUGAUAAUUCUUACAGUAA